UCCAGGAGUAGGAAGCGGCUUUCAGCGCCGGCCAGGGCGACCGACCGCGGGCACUUUGAUGAAUCACGUGUGUCGAGGCCGUCUUAAAGAGAUAGGCACCUACUUUUCCUCCACCCUAAACACCGCCCCGAGGGCGGAGGCGACCGCGGUGAUUGCAGCUGCUUAGGGGCAGGGCUUGCCCCGGCGCUGAGUGGUGGCACCGGCGUGGUUUGCGUCGGGGUUGCCUGGGCUUGGGGAGACCCGGUGGCCUGGGAGCGGCGCUUGGCGGGUAACCCUCUCUGUCCGUGGACGCGGGACAUUCUGAGCGCUCCGAGGGGUUUUUGCCCUUGAGGAGCCUUGGGGUUUCUGGGCGGCAGGUGACAGGGCCAGAGAAAGAUGGAGCAGCUCGGGGCGGCGGCGUCGGGAGCUGGAGGCGGCGGCGAGGAACCCAGCGUGGGCCGGAGCAACAAGCGAGGCGCGGGGAACCGGGCCGCCAAUGAAGAGGAGACGAAAAACAAACCCAAACUGAACAUUCAAAUAAAAACUUUGGCAGAUGAUGUGCGUGACCGAAUUACAAGUUUCAGAAAAUCUGCCAUCAAAAGAGAAAAACCUCUCAUUCAACAUCCUAUUGAUUCUCAAACUGCAAUAGGUGAGGUUCCAGUAGUUCCGACAUUACAUGAUGACCGAUCUCUGAUUUUAUCUGAAAAGGAAGUUCUGGACCUCUUUGAGAAAAUGAUGGAGGAUAUGAACCUUAAUGAAGAAAAGAAGGCUCCUUUGCGAGACAAGGAUUUUACCACGAAGCGUGAGAUGGUUGUCCAGUAUAUUUCUGCUACUGCCAAAUCUAUAGUUGGAAGUAAAGUUAUGGGUGGCCUGAAAAACAGCAAACAUGAGUUCACCCUUUCUUCACAAGAAUAUGUUCAUGAAUUGCGAUCUGGCAUCUCAGAUGAGAAACUUCUCAAUUGCCUGGAAUCAUUGAGAGUGUCCUUAACCAGCAAUCCUGUCAGCUGGGUUAACAACUUUGGCUAUGAAGGACUUGGAGUCUUACUGGAUGUGCUGGAGAAGCUUCUGGACAAAAAACAGCAAGAAAAUAUCGACAAGAAGAAUCAGUACAAAGUCAUUCAGUGCCUGAAAGCAUUUAUGAAUAAUAAGUUUGGACUACAAAGGAUUCUAGGCGACGAGAGAAGCCUUUUACUGUUGGCAAGAGCAAUUGACCCAAAACAACAGAAUAUGAUGACUGAAAUAGUAAAAAUCCUUUCUGCUAUUUGCAUUGUUGGGGAAGAGAAUAUUCUAGACAAACUUUUAGGGGGCAUCACUGCUGCAGCUGAACGAAAUAGCAGAGAACGAUUUUCACCAAUUGUGGAAGGCUUAGAAAAUAAUGAAGCCUUGCAUCUCCAGGUGGCCUGCAUGCAGUUCAUAAAUGCACUUGUCACUUCUCCAUAUGAUCUUGAUUUUCGAAUUCAUUUGAGGAAUGAAUUCCUCCGUUGUGGACUAAAAGCAAUGCUUCCUAGUCUUAAAGAGAAAGAGAAUGAUGAGCUUGAUAUUCAGUUGAGAGUGUUUGAAGAGAACAAAGAAGAUGACCUAACUGAAUUAUCCCACCGUCUCAAUGACAUUCGAGCUGAAAUGGAUGAUAUGAAUGAAGUCUACCAUCUUCUCUAUAAUAUGCUGAAAGACACUGCUGCUGAAGGUUACUUAUUAUCCAUUCUGCAACACUUUCUGCUCAUCAGAAAUGAUUACUAUAUCAGGCCACAGUAUUAUAAAAUAAUUGAAGAGUGUGUUUCACAGAUAGUGCUGCACUGCAGUGGAAUGGACCCAGACUUCAAGUACAGGCAACGCAUAGACUUUGAUUUCACUCAUCUCAUAGAUGGUUGUGUAAACAAGGCAAAAGUUGAAGAAAGUGAGCAAAAGGCAAUGGAAUUUUCAAAGAAGUUCGAUGAAGAAUUCACAGCUCGUCAGGAAGCUCAAGCACAGCUUCAGAAAAGAGAUGAAAAAAUCAAGGAACUGGAAACAGAAAUCCAGCAACUUCGAGCACAGGGAGUUCCAUCUGCAAUUCCAGGCCCACCUCCACCACCUCCACUCCCAGGUGCAGAACCAUGCCCACCACCACCUCCUCCUCCUCCUCCACCACCACCUCCACUUCCAGGAGUAGUUCCUCCUCCACCACCACCACUGUUACCUGGGAUGCCUGGUGUACCACCAGCACCACCUUUGCUUGGAGUACCUCCCCCCCCACCACCCCCUGGAGGAAUUCUUCCUCCCCUACCAGGACCAAUUGAGCUACCAUAUGGAAUGAAGCAGAAAAAAUUAUAUAAGCCCGAGGUAUCCAUGAAAAGAAUCAACUGGUCCAAGAUUGAGCCUAAAGAAUUAUCUGAAAACUGUGUUUGGCUAAAACUUAAGGAAGAGAAGUAUGAGAAUCCUGAUCUAUUUGCAAAACUGGCCUUGACAUUUCCUUCCCAGAGUAAAGGUCAAAGGAAUGCAGAGGCUGCAGAAGAAAAUAGAAGUGGGCCUCCAAAGAAGAAAGUGAAGGAGCUGAGAAUUUUGGAUACCAAAACAGCCCAGAAUCUGUCUAUCUUCCUUGGAUCUUACCGCAUGCCUUACGAGGAAAUAAAGAACAUUAUUUUGGAGGUUAAUGAAGAAUUGCUCAGUGAGGCCCUAAUUCAGAACCUUGUAAAAUAUCUUCCUGAGCAGAAUACACUCCAUGAACUAGCACAGCUUAAGAAUGAAUAUGAUGAUCUCUGUGAGCCUGAGCAGUUUGGGGUUGUGAUGAGCACAGUGAAAAUGUUACGGCCUCGUCUCACGAGCAUCCUUUUCAAACUCACCUUUGAAGAGCAUGUCAACAACAUCAAACCAAGCAUCAUAGCAGUGACUCUUGCAUGUGAAGAACUGAAGAAAAGUGAAAGCUUUAACAGACUCUUAGAGUUGAUUCUUCUAGUUGGGAACUACAUGAACUCAGGCUCAAGGAAUGCCCAGUCUCUGGGUUUUAAGAUCAACUUUCUAUGUAAGAUCAAAGACACAAAAUCAGCAGAUCAAAAAUCAACCCUUUUGCAUUUUCUUGCUGAAAUCUGUGAUGAGCAAUACCAGGAUAUCCUGAAAUUUCCUGAAGAGCUGGAGCAUGUAGAAAGCGCAAGCAAAGUUUCAGCUCAAAUACUCAAGAGCAACCUUGUAGCAAUGGAACAAAGCAUUCUUCAUCUGGAGCGUAACAUCAAGAAUUUCCCCACCGCAGAAUCUCACCAUGACAAGUUUGUGGAAAAGAUGACGAGCUUUACACAGAAUGCCAGAGAGCAGUAUGACAAACUGUCUACCAUGCACAGCAAUAUGUUGAAGCUCUAUGAGAGUCUGGGAGAAUACUUUAUUUUUGACCCGAACACAGUAACCAUAGAAGACUUUUUUGGCGAUCUCAACACCUUCAGAACCCUAUUUUUGGAAGCACUGAAAGAAAACUACAAGAGAAAGGAAAUAGAAGAGAAGAGCAGGAGGGCAAAGCUUGCAAAAGAGAAAGCUGAGCAAGAGAAGCUGGAACGCCAGAAGAAGAAGAAACAACUUAUUGAUAUAAACAAAGAGGGUGAUGAGACUGGAGUGAUGGAUAAUCUUCUGGAAGCCCUACAGUCAGGUGCAGCAUUCAGAGACCGCAGAAAGCGAAUUCCAAGGAAUCCAGAUAACAGACGGCCCCCUCUGGAAAGAUCGCGUUCUCGCCACAAUGGAGCCAUGCCAUCCAAGUGAUUCCUCAGGCCAGGGAGAAUGGAGACAUUUAAGAAAACAAAAUCAUUUAUUUUGAGAGGAGCAAAUAUACACUUAAGAGUUGGAGUGGAAAUAAAUACAUUUCCACAAAGGUCAAGCUGAUCUAGGUGAAGUGAUGUGUGUUUGUAGGAGCACUGCAAGUACACUAAUCUGAACUCAGAUGUAAUGAUUAGAAGACAUUUGUUCCUCUCUAAAGAUGCAUGUAACUUGUCAUUGUGUAUAAGGACCUAACUAUGAAGAUCAAAGUAUAAAAACAUGGAAAAAUCCAACGAAUUCUUCUACCAACAUUCCAGUCUGUCAGAUAAUUUAAAACCGAAAUUCUAGGUCAGACCUACCCACCACAUUUACCACAAAUAGACAGGGGACAGGUAGACAGGAAGAACUUCCAGUGUCUACUUCCAGCUCAUCUUAUGUAUAUAGUGUAAAGUCUAGGAGAAUAGAUGCAUUAAUGAUUGGAAAGGGGCAAAUAUCACACUCUGAAAGGGAAGCCCAACUCAAAGUAUUUAGAACCCAUCUCAAGUGAAAGCUAAUGGAUUCAGAAAUUAAUCUUACCAUUACUCUAACGUUUCAGCACAGUGUCACGGGCACUUACCAUAGCUAAAACUGAACCAAAGUUUAACCGAAUCCACUAGAUUUCAACUUUAUUCAAGAUGUAUUUUCGAAUUCCCCAUAGAUAUCUACCUUAUAGAAAAUCUUUAAAUAGCAAUUUUUGAGAAAACUUCUAUACUUUCACAUAUAUGCUAGAGAUGAGCCUGAAAUUCUAUUGCCUUUAUUUAAAUUUUAGAGGAAAAUACUGAUUCCUAGUUCUUCCCUCUAUUACUUCAUUAUCCCUUCACCCCCUUAGAGGUAGGGAACAGAACUCCAGAAGAACGCAUAGGGAGGAAAAUGACUUUUUAAUGCAGUAGGCAGUAGGAAACUUUUGAAAGUUCAAUUGGUUGGUCUUUAGUUCUACCCCUUUUCCCACUCCACUUUGGUAGUUAAAAAAAAGUUUUCUUCCUCCCUCCCUUCCUCCUUCCCUCCCUCCCUCUUUCCCUCCCUCCCUCUUCCCCUCCCUCCUUCACUCCUUUUCUUUCCCUUCCUCCCUUCCUCCCCCUUCCCGACCCUCCUUCCCUCCCUCCUCCAUCCCUCCCCAGUGUGUGUGUGUGUGUGUGUGUGUGUGUGUAUUUAUAUCUCUUACUGAAGUAACUCAUACCCCAGUAACAAGGUAAACCUCUCUGUCAUCAUCAUUCUUACUUACCUUAUAUUAUUAACACAUUUCAGAGAUGCUGCCAAAACAACACUCACAGAUAAAGAAGCUCAGCAUUGUUUUAAAUAUGUGAGAGAGCAGAAGUUAUACUUAACUUGUCUAUUCUCUUACAAUGUGCAUUUGUAAUAAUUGGUGUGACUUCUCUGGAGUAUAAUUUCAAGACUAAUUCAUGCAGAUGAUUGUGAUUGCUAUAAAAGAUUGCUUCUAUGCAUAUUUCUUAUAUAGAUAAUUCUGCCAAAGCACACUAUAGACAUUUAGAGAAAAGAACAAAUCAGUGGCUUGGCCAGCCACCUUCUGAGAUAAAGCAAACAAGUGACCAAUAACUCGUACACUUUUUCUACAGAUGUAAAGUAAUUCAAACAGUUGCCUUUCACUCAUUCUUACUUGGGUAUUAUACUUCAAAAUACUCUGAAGCUGCUAUAAGUAGAAAAAUCAGAAUGUAACAGUGACUGAGUCUUUUCCUUUUGUUUUUAUGUGAAAACACACACACAUACACGUACUUUAGAACAUACCACCUUCACACACUUUUUAAACAAUAACCAUGAAGUUUAGGUUCUACUAAUUAAUGUAAAUAACCACUGUAUGCAUUUUUCAAUUUUACAACAUAUUUUCUGAAAUAUUGUGGUAUGGUUUAUUUGAGGUUUUUGUUUUUGUUUUUAUAGCUUUUCAGGCUGUAAAAAAUUGAUCUUGAAAUGUAAACAUUGACUGAACUUUGGGGCUUUUGCCCUGCCAUAUUAUCUAACUGGUCAAGGUUGAAAUACUGACGUAUAUCACCUUUUCCACAUGUGAACUUGCCUUAUUUUCUAGUUUGUAAACAAGAAUGAAUGAAGUACUAUUAUUGAUAAAUUAUAUAUUUGUAUUUAAAUGCAUUCCACCUGCUUUUCACAAACAUUAGAAAACUUUCAGGGGACAGACACGUAAUUAACUCACUUGACUUAUAAUACUCCUAUUCCUGUCACCUUGCACUUUUUGUUUUAGGUUGAAAGGUAUCACCCAAAAACAAAAGUAUAUAAUGGCAUUUUAAAAAAAGAAAACCAAAUUAGGCUGAAGUAUUUUAUGUAUUUUUGUUGUUGUUUAUUUCUGCCACUCAUGAAAAAUGCCCUUUUCUACAACUUUUUUUUUUCAGAAUAUUAUAAAAUAAUGAACAGGUUAGAAUUUUUUCCUUUGGCUACUGUAAUGAUUGACCAUCAAUCAAUCUUAUAGUUUAAAACCACAUCAAUUUAUUGUCCCAUGGUCCUGGAGGCCAGAAGCAUGAUAUCUAGACAUCAGACCAUUCAUUCUACCUCCAGAGGCUACAACAGAGGCCCCUAAUUUGCUUGGUUCAUUUUCUGAUGACCAAUGGCAUUGUGUGGCUUAUGGCCACAUUUCUCUCUGUUCCUUUUUAUAUCAUCUUCUCUGUGUACCUGAUCUCUCUCAGCCUGUCUUGGAAAGAUGUUGAUGGUGGCAUUUAGACACCGCCAUCUUAAGACAGGAUAAUCCCCUCACCACACACCUUGAACUUUAUGAUAUCUCUAUGACCCUUCUUUCAAGCAAGUUAACAUCUAGGUUCUUUCCUAGAUAGCUUAGCUCUGUACUGGAGAUGGUUGAAUGAAUCCAGAAAUGUGUGCCUGAUCUUUUCACCGCUAUUCAAAAGUUGGCAGGCCACAUCCUUUUCCUGAGCUCCAAAGAAUAUCUUCACACAGAAUUUUCUCAUUUUAUCAUCUUUCACUAUUAACAAAAUUAACCAAAUCAAGUGCUAAUACCUUCUUAACAUAAUGGUUCUUUCUUCACUUCCUCUCAUCUGGCUUUUUUUUUUUUUUAAAUUAGUGCAAAAAGUAAUGUGUUUCAUUGCAGCAUUUUCAGGCUUUCUUGUUGUCAUUGAUGAUGAUGAUCCUUCUCCCCACUUUCUGCCCUCACCUCGACCACUACCCACUGCUAUGGUCCCCCUAGUAACUCACAUUUUACUGGCAUGUCUCAUGUAUUCUAUUAUCCUCUCUUCCUCUCCCCCUUCUCCUAAGACUUAUUUUCCCCAGCAAAAAUGAACUAGCUGUUCCUACAACACUUGGCCUACCAAAUUCCUCAACUUCAUCACUUACAAGAUCAAGAAUAAUUUUCCAUAAAACUGUAAGAGACAAUUCAGAUAAGUUGUUGUUUGUUUUGGUUUGUUUUUGCUGCUAUAUAACAACAACAGCCUUUCUUCCAGUUCCCACUACAGUAUUCAUUUCCUCUUGUGCCCUCACCAGAAAUGCCUUUAACAUUCACAUUCCCAUCAGUGCUUUGGCUCAGGCAAUCUUUAGUGUCUCUAUUAAGUUUACUAUCAACAACUGUACCACCCAGCAUCUAAUUCCAAAGCCACUUCGACGACAUCUGUAGGUAUUUGUCAUAGCAGUACCUCAUACUAAAAUUUAUAUCAGAUUCCUAUGGUUACUGUAACUUAUUCCCACAAACACAGAGGGAUAACAUAGUAGAUUUCUGGUUCUGUAGUGUUUUUAAAGCCACAAAUCCAAAAUCAUGAUAUCAGCAGGAGAGCACUCCUCUGCAAACUCUAGGAGAAAAUCCACUCCUUGCAUCUUCUGAUGUAAUUGUCAUUAUUCCUUGGAUUGUGGCUUCAUCUUACUAAUCUGUGUUGUUUUGACAGCUUCCCCUCUGUAUAUAUAAUCUACCUCUGCUUCUUUCUUGUAAGGAGAGUUCUGAUGACCCAUCUGGAUUAUCUAUUAAAACAUCCUGAUUUUCCAAGCCUAAAUUUAAUUACAACUUCACAUACCUGCCUAACAUAGUAAGGUAAUAUCACAGAGUCUGGGGAUUAGCACACAAAUGAACAUGUCUUUUCAUGGGGGGUACAGAAUUCAGCCACUACAGUAGUGUACUUUCUCCUUUUCAAAAUGCAUCCUUGGUGCUCAAGCCAGAUUUAAGGUUGUUAUUAAAAACUAUUGUCUGCACAGGCUACUGCAUGCUUUGUUACUAAAUAGAAAAAAAAAGGCUAUUCUAAAUUUUGAUUGAUACUUUCACCACUGUAACCAAUUAGCUGAAACAAUUCUCGGAUCUCAACUCUGCUCUAGUGAAUCUCUUCUGCCCUUUUUUAUGAAGCCUUUGUUCAAAUGUCUUCUAUCACGCAUAAUGUAGGCACAAAACUACCUCUGAUACAGAAGGGUUCUUUACAAGCUUCCUUUAGAUAUUGUGAAUCCCUCAGUUGAAGGGAGAAGUAAAAGCAAAGACUGUGUUGAAUGGGUAUUGAGGGAGAUUUUGUCCAUAGCAAGCCACCUUAAAGAAAUAGUUCAAGUAGCAGUAAAGCUGUCAAUGUGUGCUGUCAUUUCACCUCUAAGUAAACACCUGUAUUUGCGCUGGACCAAUAAUGACUUGCAAAUCUCUGUAUAAUGCCUACUAAUUCAAUAAAGCUUAGAUCUGCAAUAAA